AUGGCAACCGGACAGCAUCCUGGAUAUGAUCCUUAUGCAUUCGACGGCAUCCAACAGUCCAUUGAUGUCAUUUGGGAGAAGCAAAUCAAAAUCGUCCUAAACGCUGGCGCUCUCAACCCGAGAGGUUUGGCGAAAGAAGUAGCAAAUUUGGUCCGAUCUCGAGGAUAUAACCUGAAGAUAGCUUAUGUUUCAGGGGACAAUCUACUGGAGGAAGUGCGAAAGAGCCUGGAGACAACGGGACAGUUGCCUGCCCAUCUCGACUCUAGUAAUGACCAAGUUCAGCUGCAGGCCCAUUCGACAGACCUGUUAGAUACACAUAAAAAACCAGUGGUCUCCGCAAAUGCAUAUUUGGGGGCCAGAGCUAUCGUAAAGGGGUUAGAACAGGGAGCGGAUAUUAUCAUCUGCGGACGAGUAGCAGAUGCCUCGCCUGUGAUUGGAGCCGCGUGGUACUGGCACAGCUGGAAUGCCACUGACUAUGAUGCAUUAGCUGGCGCACUUGUGGCAGGCCACUUGAUUGAAUGCUCCGCAUAUGUUACCGGAUCAAAUUUCUCAGGGUUUACUGAGUUCAAUACCGACCUUUUCCUUGAUCUGCCGUUCGGAAUUGCUGAAGUUGCGCAUGAUGGGACAACAGUGGUCACAAAACAUGAAAACACCAAAGGCCUUGUCAAUGCCGAGGUGGUCAAAUGCCAGUUCUUAUAUGAAUUGCAAGGAGAUAUCUAUUUGAAUAGCGACGUGAAGGCAUACACGCAAAACAUAAGUAUUGAGGAUAUUGGCGAAAAUAGGUAUGCUGAAUUUCCAAAGAUGCUUAGGUUGGCUGCUUUCAUCUGA